AUGGCUCCUCCAAAGCUAAAGGAUCACAAACAAAUGCUCCAAGCUGAAGAAGAAGAGAUCGAUCGCCUCUCGUCAGCCAUCCGCAAACUUGACCUGCGCAUCCUCCACGAAAAGCAGGGACUCGCCCGCAUGAAAACCCGCACAAGGCGCACCAUCAAGAAAUACGAAGCAAGAGCCGCCUUGAAAACAGAACAGCUCGCCGCCCUGACCGCACGCAUGAACCAUCACCGAUCCAGCUCCGUCCCGGAGCCCGACUCGCUCGAGGACAAAGACGAUCUCCUGGUCAAAUGCACCUGGGACACGCGGGAUCCCAGGAAACUUGUCAUCUGGCAGCUGGAGCGCCACAUCCACUGGGCGACCAGGACCCCGGCCUGGGACAGCCGGGAGGCGCUGCACGAGAUGCUGGACCUGCGCACUGCUGCGGAGCUUCGCGCGGGGAAGCCGCCUGGGCGAGGGAAUCUGAGGCUUCAGCGGCAGUUCUGUCGGGUUGAUCCUGGGGAAAAGUUUGAUUGGGGGAAGCCGGCGGAGGCCUUGAGGGCUUUCGCGGAGGAUGUCUUCCGCGAUGCGGGGGAGUGGAUGUUGGGGCACAGGGCGCGGGAGUUGCUCAUUGCGCUUGAGGAUUGGUAUUUCCAGAUCUCGGCCGUGGAGAGGGAGCAGUUGCCUGGGAAUGUUAAUGAUUGGAAUGAUCUGCCGAUGGAUGUGGCCGAGAAGUGGAAUGCUACGAUACUGGGAGGUAAUUUGCGUGGUGCUUGA